AACCCACAAGCAUAAACUAUAUCAACAACACCAAGCUUUCUAGUUUCAAAGUGAGCAGCUUUUGCAAUGGUUCUCUUGUUACAAAAGAUUGACAAACUCUACUCAAAGCUGGAGAACUACCACCACAGCCAUCAAUCACAAGCCUUGUCAUCUUCUCUGGAGGCUUUUCAUACCCUUGUUUGCAGUUCCCUCAACAGUUUUUUGUCGACUUCAAGAUCAGCAGGAUCUGAAGUUCCAUCAUUUCCAUGGAUUCAGCAAUGUUUUGAGCUCAUACCCAUCAUCAACAAUGGGUUUGCAAAGCUAGUUGUGGCCGUAGACUAUCCCAUGACUGAAUGGGAAGGUGACUCUGUGGAAGAGUAUCUCAGGUACACCUUGAAGUUGCUAGAGCUGUGCAAUUCCAUCACCUGCUCUCUUUCUCAUCUUGGGAAAGAGAGGCUGUCACUGUCUCAUGGUUUGAGCCUUGUGGAGAAUUCAUCUCCAUGUUUGGCUGUGGAGCAUCUGAGACAAAUACAAGUCCAACCAAAGAGUUUGAGCAAGGAUUUCAGAUUCCAAGGAAAUGAAGAACAUGGGAGUAGAGAACCUUUCACCACCAAGAAAUCAGUUAUUCAUCAAGCUUUGGUGGUUAUGGAGGGGAUGGUGUUCUGGGUAUGUGGGAUUUUGAUGUCUAGCCUGGUUGGGAACACCAAGCCAUACAUGGAGAUGAGACACUCUGGUGGACGGUUAGUAAGUUCAUUGCUUGCUGGAUUGGACUUGAGUGUGGGUGAAGUAAUUGUGGAAAAUCAUGGUAUGUUGAAAGAGGUGAAAGAUAUUAAUGACUCAGUUGCUGGCCUUGUUUCUGCUAUUCAAAUUGGUAGAAAGAGUAAAGCAGAAGCUGAGGAAUUACAAAGAAGAUUAGAGAUGUUUGAGAAGAUGGUUGAGGGUUUGGGAAAAGAGGUGGCUUGCCUUUUCAAUAAGGUUUUGGCUGGAAGAAAUCAACUGCUCAAUGGAUUUCAACACCAAAAGCAUUAGUUCUAAGAUUUAUUGUACAAAGAAAUGUUGUAAGUUUAAUGUUUUUACUUUUUAACAUAGUGAUACAGAGUCUGUACAUAAUAAAGGAAAAGGAUUCAUUAUUCAAAUUCUUAACCGUUGUUCAUUAAUUUUAUCUUAUUAUCAACAACAUUGCGGAGCUUCUGAGGAACUGGAAAAUUAUUUUUGGCAC